GCCCUUUGUCUUUUCAUUACACAAUCUUCCAACAACCGCGCUUUCCUAUUUUUUUCUUAUUUUAUUUCUUCUUCAAAACUCUUCUUCUUUUAUCUCUCUCCCCCUUAUCUUCUUCUUUGCUAAAGACCAUCGAAUCCUUCCCUCUCUUUCCAGUUUUCCGAUCAACACAACAUGGCUUUCGAUGGUUUUGUCUCCGACAAUACCAAAGACAUGCAAACCCUUGCUCUAAACGAACCACCGCCAUCAGCUGCUGACAUCGAUCAUUGGGAAAGAGCUAAAUGCAAGGCCGAGAUAAUGGGGCACCCUAUGUACGACCAGUUGCUGGAAGCUCAUGUUGCCUGUCUACGUGUUGCUACGCCUGUUGACCAGCUCGCUCAGAUCGAUGCUCAGUUAGCUAGGUCCCAAGAUGUGUUGGCUAAGUACUCCUCGGCCGCUGCUGCCGCCGGUUCUGCUGAAGAAGAACUCGAUCACUUCAUGGCAAAUUAUGUUCUAUUGCUUGGUUUCUUCAAAGACCAAUUGCAACAACAUGUUCGUGUUCAUGCAAUGGAAGCAGUUAUGGCUUGCUGGGAUCUUGAGCAAUCACUUCAAAGUUUAACAGGUGUAUCUCCAGGUGAAGGCACUGGUGCAACCAUGUCUGAUGAUGAAGAUGAAGUUGUAGAUAGUGAUACCAGCUUGUUUGAUGGAAGUUUUGAUGGGAUUGACAGCAUGGGGUUUGGCCCCCUCGUCCCAUCCGAGACUGAGAGAUCACUAAUGGAGCGUGUUAGGCAAGAACUGAAGCACGAGCUGAAACAGGGUUACAAAGAGAAAAUUGUGGACAUUAGAGAGGAAAUUCUACGUAAGAGACGGGCUGGAAAGCUACCAGGCGAUACGACCUCGUUUUUAAAAGCUUGGUGGCAGUCACAUUCCAAAUGGCCUUACCCAACUGAAGAAGACAAAGCAAAAUUAGUACAAGAAACAGGAUUGCAGUUAAAGCAGAUUAACAACUGGUUUAUAAACCAGAGAAAAAGGAAUUGGCAUAGUAACCCCUCUACCUCUCUGAAGAGCAAACGUAAGAGGUAGGCUGCAUACGUCGUGUUUAUGUUCCUCGAUCGAGAUCAAGUUUUCUCGAAAACCAUUGGCCACUUUUGCUUGGGAAAGAAGUAAGGCAGGUUAAACCUGCAAUGACCACUUAUUGUAAAUUAAGAAAAAAAUGAAAAGAACCCUUAGUAGAAACUCCAUGUUUCGCUGUUGACCUGUUCAUGGUAGUGGGAAUUUGAGCUUGAAUCAGUUCUAGUCUGAGUAAUCUGGUGAUAGUUAAUGAUAUCUGUAUAACAACUAUGUUGCUUUAAAUCCUUAAUUUAGAGUAAAUAUGAGCUUAGUUGGAUGUUUGCUGUAAUUUUUCUGGGCUCAUGCUUUUACAUCUGCGAACAAUAAUGGCUUUUUAAGUCAUAGGUUUAUAAUGUAAUUUUAUCUACUUGUUUAUAUAUAAAACUAGUUUGUACC